CACCACGCCGUGCGCGAGGCGGAUGUCCGGGCCGGCUGGGCCGGGGCCGUGGACGAGAUGGCGGAAGGUGGAGGCUGCCGUGAGCGGCCGGAUGCGGAGACUCAGAAAUCCGAGCUCGGGGCCUUGAUGAGGACCACGCUCCAACGUGGGGCGCAGUGGUAUCUUAUUGACAGCCGGUGGUUCAAGCAGUGGAAGAAGUAUGUGGGUUUCGACAGCUGGGAUAUGUACAAUGUGGGUGAACACAAUCUAUUUCCUGGCCCAAUAGAUAACUCCGGACUCUUUUCAGAUCCUGAGAGUCAGACCUUGAAAGAACAUUUAAUUGAUGAAUUGGACUAUGUAUUGGUCCCAACAGAGGCCUGGAAUAAAUUACUAAACUGGUAUGGCUGUGUAGAAGGCCAGCAGCCCAUUGUCAGAAAAGUGGUGGAGCAUGGCCUGUUUGUCAAGCACUGCAAGGUGGAGGUGUAUUUGCUGGAACUGAAGCUCUGUGAGAAUAGUGACCCCACCAACGUGCUGAGUUGCCAUUUCAGCAAGGCAGACACCAUUGCAACCAUUGAGAAGGAGAUGCGGAAGCUGUUCAAUAUCCCUGCUGAGCGUGAAACACGACUAUGGAACAAAUACAUGAGCAACACCUAUGAGCAGCUGAGCAAACUAGACAACACUGUCCAGGAUGCUGGGCUCUACCAGGGUCAGGUGCUAGUAAUUGAGCCCCAAAAUGAAGAUGGCACAUGGCCGAGGCAGACCUUACAGUCAAAAAUAACAAGACGGAAAAACUCACCUCAAAAAAGAGAACAAGAGGCGGUACUGACUGACAGGGACCUAAUCAGUAUGGACAUAAGUAAGAUGUCGGAACUAGAGUUCAGAAUAACGAUUAUAAGGAUACUAGCUGGGCUUAAAAAAAGCAUAGAAGACUCUAGAGAAUCCCUUUCUGGAGAAAUAAAAGAACUAAGAUCUAACCAAGUCGAAAUCAAAAAGGCUAUUAAUGGGAUGAAAUCAAAAAUGGAGGCUCUAGCUGCUAGGAUAAACGUGGCAGAAGAAAGAAUUAGUGAUACUGAAGACAAAAUGAUGGAGAAUAAGGAAGCCGAGAAAAAAGAUAAACAGCUACUGGAUCACAAAAGGAGAAAUCGAGAAAUAAGUGAUACCAUGAAGCAACACAAUAUUAGAAUAAUUGGGAUCCCAGAAGAAGAGGAAAGAGAGAGGGGGGCAGAAGGUAUAUUGGAGCAAAUUAUAGUGGAGAACUUCCCUAAUUUGGGGAAGGAAGCAGGCAUUCAAGUCCAGGAGGCACAGAGAACCCCCCUCAGAAUCAAUAAAAAUAGGUCAACACCUCGACAUAUAAUAGUGAAGCUUACAACUCUCAGAGACGAAGAGAAAAUCCUGAAAGCAGCUCGGGACAAGAGGUCUGUAACCUACAAGGGUAGAAAUAUUAGACUGGCAGCAGACCUACCCACAGAGACCUGGCAGGCCAGAAAGAACUGGCAUGGUAUAUAUAUUCAGGGUGCUAAAUAAGAAAAAUAUGCAGCCAAGAAUACUUUAUCCAGCAAGGCUGUCAUUCAAAAUAGAAGGAGAGACAAAAAGCUUCCAGGACUAACAGAAACUAAAAGAAUUUGUGAUCACUAAAUCAGCCCUGCAAGAAAUAUUAAAGGGGAUCUUUUAAGUGACAUAGACCAGAAAGGAACAGAGACAAUAUACAGAAACAGUGACUAUAGGCAAUACAAGGGCACAAAAUUCAUAUCUUUCAGUAGUUAACUCUGAACUUAAAUGAGCUAAAUACCCCAAUCAAAAGACACAGGGUAUCAGAUUGGAUAAAAAAGCAAGACCCAUCAAUAUGCUGUCUGCAGAAGACUCAUUUUAGACCCAAAGACCCCUCCAGAUUGAAAGUGAGGGGGUGGAAAACCACUUAUCAUGCUAAUGGACAUCAAAAGAAAGCUCAGGUAGUAAUACUUAUAUCAGACAAAUUAGAUUUUAAACCAAAGACUGUAAUGAUGAGGAAGGACAGUAUGUCAUAAUUAAAGGGUCUAUCCAACAAGAAGAUCUAACGGUUGUAAAUAUUUAUGCCCCUAACAUGGAAACAGCCAGUUAUAUAAACCAAUUAAUAACAAGAUUAAAUACAUUGAUAAUAAUACAAGAUAGUAGGGGACUUUAACACCCCCCUCACUGAAAUGGACAGAAUCUAAGCAGAAGAUCAACAAAGAAACAAGGGCUUUGAAUGACACACUGGACCAGAUGGACUUCACAGAUAACAUUCAAAGCAUUCCAUCCUAAAGCAACUAGAAUACACAUUCUUCUCGAGUGCACAUGGAACUUUCUCCAGAAGAGAUCACAUACUGGGUCACAAAUCAGGUCUCAACCGGUACCAAAAAUUGGGAUCAUUCCCCGCAUAUUUUCAGACCACAACGCUUUGAAACUUAAACUCUCACAAGAGGACAUUUGUAAAGAACUCAAAUACAUGGAGCUUAAAGAACAUCCUACUAAAGAAUGAAUGGGUCAAUCAGGAAAUUUAAAGAAGAAUUUAAAAAAUUAAUGGAAACAAAUGAAAAUACGACUUUUCAAAACCUUUGGGAUGCAGCAAAGGUGUCCUAAGACAGAAGUAUAUGGCAAUACAAGCCUUUCUCAAGAAACAAGAAGGGUGUCAAAUAUACAACCUAAACUUAACAGCUAAGGGAGUUGGAGAAAGAACAGCAAGUAAAGCCUAAACCCAGCAGAAGAGAAUCAAUAAAGAUUAGAGCAUAAAUCAACAAAAUAGAAACCAAAAGAACAGUAGAACAGAUGAAAGAAACUAGGAGCUGGUUCUUCGAAAGAAUUAGAUUGAUAAACCCCUGGCCAGACUUAUCAAAAAGAAAAGAGAAAGGACCCAAAUAAAUAAAGUCAUGAAUGAAAGAGGAGAGAUCACAACCAACACUAAGGGAACAUGUUAUGAGCAACAGUAUACCAACAAAAAGUAGGCAGUCUGGAAGAAAUGGAUGCAUUCCUAGAGAGGUAUAAACUACCAAAACUGAACCAGGAAGAAAUAGAACAUCUGAACAGACCCAUAACCCCCAAGGAAAUUGAAGGGGUAAUCAAAAAUCUCCCAACAGACAAGAUUCCAGGGCCAGAUGGCUUCCCAGGGGAAUUCUGCCAAACAUUUAAAGAAGAAAUAAUGCCUGUUCUUCUGAAGCUGUUUCAAAAAAUAGAAGUGGAAGGAAAACUUCCAAACUCUUUCUAUGAGGCCAGCAUUACCUUGAUCCCAAAACCAGACAAAUACCCCAUCAAAAAGGAGAAUUACAGGGCGCCUGGGUGGCUCAGUUGGUUGAGCGACUGCCUUCGGCUCAGGUCAUGAUCCUGGAGUUCCGGGAUCGAGUCCCGCAUCGGGCUCCCUGCUCAGCAGGGAGUCUGCUUCUCCCUCUGACCCUCCCCCCUCUCAUGUGCUCUCUCACUCCUCUCAUCCUCUCUCUCAAAUAAAUAAAUAAAAUCUUUAAAAAAAAAAAAAGAAAAAGAAAAAGGAGAAUUACAGACCAAUAUUCCUGAUGAACAUGGAUGCCAGAAUUCUCACCAAGAGACUAGACAAUAGGAUCCAGUAGUACAUUAAAAGGAUUAUUCAUCAUGACCAAGUGGGAUUUAUUCUUGGGCUUCAAGGGUGGUUCAACAUCCACAAAGUAAUCAUUGUGAUAUACUGUACUAACAAAAGAAAGGAUAAGAACUAUAUGAUCACUAAAUAGAUGCAGAAAAAGUAUUUGACAAAGUACAGCAUCCUUUCUUAAUUUAAACUCUUCAUGGUGUAGAGAUAGAGGGAACAUACCUCAAUAUCAUAAAAGCCAUCUACGAAAAGCCCACAGGGAAUAUCAUUCUCAGUGGGGAAAAACAGCUUUUCCGCUAAGAUCAAGAACAUGGUAGGGAUGUCCACUAUCACCACUGCUCUUCAACAUAGUAUCAGAAGUCUUAGCUUCAGCAAUCAGACAAGAAGAAGAAAUAAAAGUCAUCCAAAUCAGCAAAGAAGACACACUCUCACUCUUUGCAGAUGACGUGAUGCUCUACCCCCAAAUUGCUAGAACUCAUACAGGAAUUCAGCAAAGUAGCAGGAUAUAAAAUUAAUGCACAGAAAUCAGUUGCGUUUCUAUACACUAACAAUGACACAGAAGAAAGAGAAAUUAAGGAGUCUAUUCUAUUUACAGUUGUACCAAAACCAUAAGAUAUCUAGGGAUAAACCUAAUUAAAGAGGGGCAUCUGGGUAGCGCAGUUGGUUAAGUGUCUGCCUUCUGCUCACGUCAUGAUCUCAGGGUCCUAGGAUUGAGCCCCAGGUUGGGCUCCUUGCUCAGCAGGGACCCUCUCAUCUGCCCCUUUCCACUGCUCGUGCUGUCUCUGUCUCAAAUAAAUCUUAAGGAAAAAAGCCUAACCAAAGAGGAAAAGGAUCUGUACUCAGAAAACUAUAGGACACUUAUGAAAGAAAUUGAGGAAGACACAAAGAAAUAGAAAAACGUUCCAUGCUUGUGGAUUGGAAGAACAAAUAUUGUUAAAAUGUCUGUGCUACCUAGAGCCGUCUAUACAUUCAAUGCAAUCCCUAUCAAAAUACCAUCAACUCUUUUCACAGAGCUGGAACAAAUAAUCCUGAAAUUUGUAUGGAGCCAGAAAAGACCCAAAAUCGCCAAAGGAAUGUUGGAAAAGAAAACAAAAGCUGGUGGCAUCACAAUUCUGGAGUCUAAGAUAUAUUAUGUAGCUGUCAUCAUCAAGACAGUAUGGUACUGGCACAAAAACAGACACAUAGAUCAAUGGAACAGAAUAGAGAACCAGAAAUAGACCCUCAACUCUAUGGUCAACUAAUCUUCAACAAAGCAGGAAAGAAUAUCCAAUGGAAAAAAGACCGUCUCUUCAACAAAUGCUGUUGGGAAAAUUGGACAGCCAUAUGCAGAAGAAUGAAACUGGACCAUUUCCUUACACCAUACACAAAAAUAGACUCAAAAUGGAUGAAAGACCUAAAUGUGAGACAGGAAUCCAUCAAAAUCCUAGAGGAGAACACAGGCAGCAACCUCUUUGACCUCAGUCACAGCAACUUCCUGCUAGACACGUCUCCAGAGGCAAGGGAAACAGGCAAAAAUGAACUUUUGGGACUUUAUCAAGAUAAAAUGCUUUUGCACAGCAAAGGAAACAGUCAACAAAACCUAAAGACAACUGACAGAAUGGGAGAAGAUAUUUGCAAAUGACAGAUAAAGGGCUAGUAUCCAAAAUCUAUAAAGAACUUAUCAAACUCAGCACCCAAAGAACAAAUAAUCCAAUCAAGAAAUGGGCAGAAGACAUGAACACACAUUUCUCCAAAGAAGACAUAUGAAUGACCAAGAGACACAUGAAAAAAUGCUCAACAUCACUUGGCAUCAGGGAAAUAUAAAUCAAAACCUCAAUGAGAUACCACCUCACACCAGUCAGAAUGGCUAAAAUUAACAAGUCAGGAAAUGACAGAUGUUGGCGAGAAUGCGGAGAAAGAGGAACCCUCUUAACACUGUUGGUGGGAAUGGAAGCUGGUGCAGCCAUCUGGAAGACAGUAUGGAGUUCCCCCAAAAAGUUGAAAAUAGAGCUGCCUUAUGACCCAGCAAUUGCACUACUGGGUAUUUACCCGAAAGAUACAAAUGUGAUCCGAAGGGGCACCUGCACCCCAGUGUUUACAGAAGCAAUGUCCAUAAUAACUAUUGAAAGAGCCCAGAUGUCCAUAGACAGAUGAAUGGGAAAAGAAGAUGUGGUGUGUAUAUAUACAGUGGAAUAUUAUGCAGCCAUCAAAAAUUGAAAUCUUGCCAUUUACAACAAUGUAGAUGGAACUAGAGGGUAUUGUGCUAAGCAUAGUAAGUCAAUCUGAGAAAGACAAUUAUAUGAUCUCACUCAUGUGUAAUUUAAGACACAAAACAGGAUCAUAGGGGAAGGGAGGGAAAAAUAAAGAUGACAUCGGAGAGGGAGACAAACCAUAAGAGACUCUUAAUCAUAGGAAACAAACUGAGGGUUGCUGGAGGGGAGGAGGUGGGGGAAUGGGGUAACUGUGUGAUGGCCAUUAUGGAGGGCAUGUGAUGUAAUGAGCAGAAAGACUUCACUGGCCAUGAGCCAGUGGCCACUGGGUGGCCUCUAGAAGUCCCUAGAGCCUCUACAAAGGAACACAGCUCUUUAGCUCAGUGAGAAUCAUUUUGAAUUUCUGACCUGCAACAUUGUUAAGAUAAUAAAUUUGUGUUCUUUUAAGCCAGCAA